AUGAAUUCUGCCGAGGCUUCUCGGCUGAGAUACCACACCCCACUGCUAUUUCAGCCCUGUACAUAUCUUGGAUCGCCGCGCAGGAUUCUGAGUGAACAAUCAGCGUCUCUGCCGAUCAAGGAGGGCUAUCAGCCCAACACCUCAGCCGCCAAGAUAUCGACCGCCACGGCUUCUUUUGAUUGUGUUUUGUAUUUUAUCAUCUUUUUUCAAGGCCUUUCGCACGUUUUUGCCACCAACGCCAUAAUGACUUCCAGCCAUUUUUUCUUAUCCAGGACAUCGGGCUCUUUGUUUGGCUACUUGACCAUGGAUCUGUUAAUUUUGAUUCUUUGUGCGGGAAAAAUUUUGUUUUUGUGCUUUUCGUCCGCCAUUUCGACCCUAUUUAGCCCCUACUCGAUGCUUCUUUUUAGCCAAUUUGGCAAGGCAACCGUUCUGUUGUCGCUCUCUUUUUUGGCACUGUUUUCCGGAGCCAACGGAACCGUUUUCAUCGUCCUGGUCGCCAUUUUGGGCUUCCAUUCGGCAGUGCUAUCGGCAAUUUCAUUUUUAAGCAUAUUCUCAAUGCUGUCUCAGGUUCACGCGCGAUAUACGCAUGCCUAUUACAAUGGACAGGGAAUAGCCGGCAUGCUUUCGUGCUGCUUCAAAUUGAUCACCAUGAUCAUGGUAGUCCCCUUGAAUAGCCGUGCUUCGCUCUUUUUUGGAGGCUCCGAUUUUGGCGUGUUUUUGUACUUUGUCGUGUCUUCUGCAAUCGUUUACAUCUCCGCGAUUCUAUUGUUGGCUAAAAAGAAAGAUUUCACUUCAGCAGAUGCUCUUCAUGCAACUGAGAGCCCUAAUGGCAUAAAUGGCGAGGAAGAUUUUUCAGACCAGCCAUCAGAGGUAAAGGAAAUCGCUUUGAAGCUGAAAUCCAAUUUGUACUUUGAAGCUGGCGUCGGGUCGCCGCCAAUUGCGGUGGUGAGCCCUCAAAUACAGCACCAAGAAUUGACUUGUACAUCUUCCUUUGAUUCGCACGGAAAUCAUACCGAAACGCCGGCAUCUUUGCUUGGAAACUAUUUUCGCGUAUAUCGAGAAAUCCGCGUCUAUUUUUGGUGCGUCGUAUUUCAUUUCUUUGAGGUGAUUUUUUUCAUCCCAAAUUUCCUGUACAUGGUAAAGCCCACCACGGUAUUCCCUGUUGAUGCAAACAACAGCGCGCUUUCGAUCUUGAAUGCGGAAACGUUUCCCGUGAUUACCUUUUUCUUUUACAACCUUGGAGAUGUAUUUGGUCGCUUCAUUUUAAGAUACCCCGCCGUUUGUUUGAAGGGCAAAGCAAGUCUUACCUUCUUUACGGUCGUUAGCAUGGGGUUCAUUCCAUUGUUUUUUUUCAGCAAUGUUUCGGACAUUGUCACCAGUGAAAAGACCAUCGAGUACCCGAUUGCUAGACUAUUGUCUGGCGAUGGCUACUUUUUGUUCCUUGUUUGUGUGUUUGGAUUUUUUAGCGGAUAUUUAUCUUUAAACCUGUUAAUGUUCGUGCCUAGAUCGGUUACAUCAGAUACAGACAGGAGGAUUGCAUCGAUACUAUGCGUGUAUGGAAUCAGCUUUGCGCUUUUCGGGGGGUCUUUCAUCUCUUUAUUUCUAAAAUCGUUGUUGUUGUUUUUCGGGUAA